CAAUGAGCUUAAAACUGGAGUAUGAAAAUGGGGCGGAGCUUGGGAGUUUGCUGAAAAUUCUCCCCCCUGUAGAGUUCUGUUGCGUUUAUGGCUCCACCCUUCAUCCAAAUAAUAGUGACAAGUCAUCCAUGGUAGAUUACGUUCUUGGAGUAUUGGAUCCUCAACAAUGGCACUCUGAGAAUCUGAAGAUGAACCAUGAUCAUUAUGCAUCAUGGAUGGUGCACCUCGGCGGAGCAAAAUUGAUUACUAAAGUUGCUGAUGGAGUUGGUGUUGGUGUUCACUUCAACCCAUUUGUUUCUUGGAAAGACAAGAUGUUCAAAUAUGGCGUUGUUCGAAUGGAUGACUUGAUUCAAGACAUAUCAAAGUGGGAGAGGUUCUACUUGAGUGGUCGUUUGCAGAAACCUGUUCAUAUACUUGUGGAUAAUUUUGAGAUUGGAAAUCUGAACUCUGUCAAUCUGAGGGCUGCCACCUCUGCUGCUCUCCUCCUUCUGCCACCCAAAUUCACUGAGGAAGAUCUGUUUGCCAAAAUAUGUAGCCUAUCAUACAUGGGUGACUUGCGAAUGUUUUUUGCAGAAGACAGAAAUAAGGUAAAGAAGAUUGUACAAGGGCAGUUUAAUUUAUUCCGGGAAAUGUAUAAGCCAUUUCUAGAAGAACAUGCGACUAAGGAUUUGUUGAGAUUGUCAUCAUCUGCUGAUCAUCAAUUGAAUAUAUCUCAGGAUUGUCAUUUGUCUGCUGCUUCCUCCCUUGUGUCUUCUCUUCCUCCGAGGGUAAGAAGUGAAAUGGGGAUGAAACUAGGCGAGAAAAAGAAAUUGGAUGAAAGUGGUAUGUGCGCUCCAAUAGGGACAACUGGUUUCUGAAUUAUUCAUGACACAAAGUUAUAUACUAAUUCUGUUUCUGAGGCAGAUAUCUUAAUGUUUUUUUGAUAUUUUGAAGUUCUUUCUUUGAUGUUUCCUUUACGCAUCCCUAGUAAUAGCGGAUGAUUGCAUCACAUCACAUUUUCUUUGUAGGUCGAGUUAUACGUGAAGUUGUGUUUAGUUCUAGAGAGGAGGUUGCAAACUGUCUGCGGAAGCUUGUGAGUCAUAGGGUUAUGGUUUCAAGUGCAAGGCAGGCUGUUGCUGGUUUUCUGACAGUUGGUGCUGUUCAUGGAGUCAGAUACCUAGCUAAUAAAAUGCACAAGGCUUGGAAAUCGUGGACAUAAUCUUUUGAUUUCUUUACUUUUCUUUCAAGUGGGAUGGGUUUGUGUGCUCUGGCUGGAAACAUGGAGAAGUUCCCCCAUGACAUUCAAGGUUUUUCCAACUCAAGCUUAGUGAGAUUGUCAUGAUUUGCUGGUAACUUCUUCCUCCCCAUUACCCGGAGAUUAGAGAAUUUAAGGUGCAAGGAUUAGUUUAUUUGUUUUUUCUUCUUGGUUCUGCUUCAUGCAGAUGUUGGUUUUCUUCUAUUUGAGGGUUGAGGGAUGAUUUUCAAGUGGCGAGAAAGAAAGUUUUGUAUCAAUGAUACAUGAAUGCGAGUUUCUCGCUUUCCGAAACUAUAAAAUUCUUGAAUUUUUUAGUGAAUUCCGGCAAUUUUUUCCCCUUGUAGAUUUGCAAAUUAU